AUGAGCUCUUCUUUAUUCCUCACACUCCUACUAAUUCUCAUCUCAGCAAGCCAAGGUUGUGCAGCAGUGCCGGAGAAAGAACCUGAUCUAAUACAGAAAUCCUGCGCAAUAAUCGUAGGUUAUGAAGAAUGCGUGGCAAUUCUCAGAUCAGACCCUCGUUCCAUUAAAGCUACCAAAGUCAAACAGCUAGCCUACAUCAUUCUUGAUCUCUGCAUAGAAAAUGCCACAGAGACUCUUGGAGAAAUCCCGAAGUUGCAGGAGAAGUACUCAAAGCAUGACCAAAUUGAGGAAGCUCUAAGGUGGUGUGUCAUGGCAUAUGAGAGUGCUAUCAAAGAUUACUUUCGCAAAGCUGUUGACCAGCUGGGUACAAAGUCUUAUCGUGAAGCACAGUAUUCAGCACACAUUGGAGGUGCGUUAGGUACGGGUUGUGAACAAGAAUUUUAUUUCCAAGCACCAGUAAUUUCACCUUUAUGGCCCAGGAAUCAUAAUUUGGCAGUUCUUGGUCUUGUAGCAGAAGGCAUCGUUUCCCUUCUUCGUCUGAAUGAGUCUCAACUGUAA